AUGGCGCAGACAGACGAAACAAUUGCUCGAGUAGCCGUCAAGAUACCGGAUUUCAUUUCGUCAGAUCCCGAACUUUGGUUUGCUAUGGUCGAAGGAAGUUUCGCCAGCGCGGGAGUCACUGUUGACAGUACAAAAUUCGGGUAUGUAGUUGGAGCAUUACCGCCAAAAUACGCAGUGGAAGUCAAGGACAUAAUUAUGACGCCGCCCUCAGACAGUAAGUACGCCAAAAUUAAACAAGAGUUGAUAAGACGUCUUAGUGCCUCCCAAGAGGAGAAAACACGCCAACUUUUAGAACGCGUUGAGAUUGGAGACCGUAAACCAUCACAAUUUUUACGCCAUCUCCAAAGUCUGGCCGACUCUUCUGUUCCGGAAACGUUAUUGAAGACACUUUGGAUGGGCCGUUUACCGAAAAGUAUACAGGUAGCGUUGGCAAUAGUGAAAGAUAGUAAGCUUGAAGAUCUCGCUGUCCAUGCGGACAACAUCGCAGACGCAUCGGGUCCUUUACUACCACAAAUAGCAGAAAUGUCGAGAAGUGACACUUUUGAAGCCAUGUUGAAUCUUAAGAUUUCUCAACUUAGUCUAAAUAUUAAUCAGGAGAUUGCAGCGUUGAGAAGUGAAGUGGCUGCGUUAAAUACUCGCCCCUCGCGUACUCCGGACUCAAGACCAAAUACUUACCGUCCAAGGUCACGAUCUCGAAGCCGCACUCAUCAUGGCGCAGACGGAAUAUGCUGGUAUCAUUGGCGUUAUGGAUCCCAAUCGAAAAAAUGCAAGGAACCUUGUAACUAUAAAUCGGGAAACGGGACGGGUCAUCACUGA